GAGCUUCAGCUCUCAAACCAAUUCAAGACAACAGGGCAGAUCCCUGCACACUUGUGCAACAACAAUACACACCUUUUUAAGCAGGCCCUCAACACUUCAUCUAAACAGCAGCAAUGAAGGCAACACUGGCCAGUGUGACUCUCUGCUUGGUGGUGCUCAUGGCCACGGGCUUCCCUUUCGAGAGGAAAGGGGGCUCAUCCUCCAGUGGUGCCAGUAAAGAGAAGCGUGUUCAGUACGCAGCGUGGGACGACGUGAACGUGAUCGCCCAUGGGCUGCUGCAGCUGGGCCAGGGGCUGAAGGAGCACGUGGACAAAACCAAAGUUCAGAUGAGGGACAUUUCCACCAAACUGAAGGUCUUCAAUGGCACAGUGACAGAGCUGGGAAAGGAGACCCAGAGGCUGAGAACAGAGGGGGAGGCCCUGAAAGUUCGGGUCCAGGGACUGGAGCACAGAGAGGGACAGCUGCUCAACAUCACCGCCGAGCUGAGGGAGAAGGUGGAGGAGAUGCAGCAGGAGGGGAGCUUGGUGAGCGAGAGGGUGAGCCAGCUGGAGGAGAAGGUGGACAGCAUGCUGCAGGGAGAUGGGGUGCUGCCUGACAUGAAUGCUGGCAAUGUGGCCACCAGGAACUACAGUGAUGCUCGCAUCAUCCAGCUGAUGCUGGAGGCUCAGAACAGGCGCAUUGACGACCUGAUGGAGCGGAUCCGACUCCAGCAAGAGAAACUUGACAAGCAGAAUGUGCGCAUCAGGACCCUGCAAAGUCAGAUUCAGCAAACAAAAGAGAGGCCAGUCGUCAGGAGCAGCAAGGCCGACCGUGCAGCGCAAACUGGAGCGGAGCAGCGCGACUCUCCCGCCGAGAUGGCAUCAGACUGCCACGAGCUGUUCCUGAGAGGAGAGACAACCAGUGGAGUCUACACCAUCCAGCCACUAAACUCUCAGCCCUUUGAAGUCUUCUGUGAAAUGACAGCUGAUGGCGGUUGGACAGUCAUCCAGAGGCGCCAGGAUGGCUCAGUAGACUUUGACCAGCUGUGGCAGGCCUACCAGAAGGGCUUUGGCAGCCUUAGUGGGGAGUUCUGGCUGGGUUUGGAAAAGAUCCAUUCGGUGUCCAAAGAUGGUGACUACAUCCUCAAGAUCCAGUUCUCCGAUUGGAGGGAUGACUCUGAGUCCAUCCACCUCCCCUUCCAUCUGGGCGGAGAGGAAACCAAGUACUCUCUCCACAUUCAGGAAACUGGCACCAUCAGCAACCUGGAGAGUUCCCUGGCAGCUGACGCCACUGCCGGCCUGCCCUUCUCCACCCGUGACCAAGACAACGACCAGAAAAAUGAUACCAACUGCGCCAAACACCUCUCUGGUGGCUGGUGGUUCAGUAACUGUGGGCGCUCCAACCUGAACGGACGAUACUUCCAAAGCCCCCCUCCUAAACAGCGGCACCAGAGGAAACAGGGUGUCUUCUGGAAGACUUGGCGGGGCCGCUACUACCCUCUGAAGACCACCGUCAUGAUGAUUGCGCCUGCUGAGAUUGAGAGCAAGUCAUAAAAGAGAGAAAAGAGACAGACAGAGAGAGCGAUAGGAAGAAAAGUAAAGAAAAAGAGCAAAAAAUUUUGGACCUUUUCUCUUCUUGGUGUCGGGGCAAUUAGCAGAGGUGUUUGAUUUCCCUCCCCUCUCUGUGUGGUUGUGUCCCAGCAAGAAAGACUUCACAACAGAGCCAAGGCCCUGGAAAAAAAGAGGUGAAAACAAUUUGUACCUAAAUGGGUUCCAUGUUUCCACUGCUCAGCCAAGCAGGCUUUUCUCUUUAGCUAUAGCCAAAAGAUGGAAAAAGAGACCAAGGCAACAAAACAGCCAGGGGCAUUUAGUAGACUUGAUGUAACAGGAGCAGUGGAAAAUUAUUUAUCUCUUGCACCAAGGCAGUAAAUGGCACAACACCGCUCUGUUGAUUCCCUCUGUUGGCCCGAGGUCUGUAAAAGUAAAGCUCAAGUCAGAGUAUCACAGAGCGAGUCGCGGCCUGCACACGGUGUUGCAAGCCACAAAGCAUUUCUGACAAGUUGAGACUCAUCGCCAGAUGUGUAGUGUCUUACUGUGUAUGUGAGAUGUUGUUGAGAUUGAAUGGGACUUUUCUACCAAGUAAACAGCACUGUCAGCUUAAAAAAAAAAAAAAAACAGCGUAAAAACUGCCAUUUUUUUGUGACCAGGAUGCAUUUACGAGUGACAGGCAGGUCAA